UCAAAAUGAGAAUCAAAAUCAAAACAAGAAUCAAAAUUAAAUCAAAAUCAAAACGAAAAUCAAAAUGAUUUUACAAUUGCAAAUAGAAGUGAAUAUGAAGUGAAAUUUUAUCGGCCUAGCGCUAUCACAGUAUACCAUAAAGCAUUGCGCGCUAUUUCCUGUGCGGAAAGACCGGCAUAUUAGCAUUUUUUGCAUUUUAUACAUUAGGUAUACAAUAUGGCAACUGGUUCAUAUUUUAGAAAUGAUUCUUGGCGAAACGAUACGAAAUUAGAAGAAGGUAUGAAAGACUUCGUACGUCAAGGUAUUCAACGCAAGGAGAUGUUAGACUUUUUGAAACGUGAUUUCCCGCAAUAUGCCUGGAGUAUAGCAACCCUUGAUAGACGCCUUCGACAUUUUAAUAUCAGAUACAUAGACACAAAUAUAUCUAUUGAAAAUGUGCAUGAUGCUGUAUCGAGCGAACUCCGUGGCCCCGGUAAACUCCUUGGCUAUCGUGCGAUGCACAAGAAGAUUAGACAGGAGCAUGGACUGAAUGUGCCAAGAGAUCUCGUCCAUGCCGUGAUGUAUGACCUCGACCCUGAAGGUCUCGAAGCGCGUGCUGUUGGAGCAAAGCGGAGAAAACCCAAAGGAUGUUUCUCGAGCAAAGGACCAAACUGGGUUCAUUCAUUAGACGGACAUGAUAAACUAAUGGGGUACCAGAACAGUACUUUUCCUUUGGCUGUUUAUGGGUGCAUGGACACUUGUAGCAGGAAAUUGCUUUGGCUUCGUGUUUGGACGAGCAACUCCGACCCUAAGCUGAUUGGACGCUGGUAUCUUGAGUACCUUUACGAAACCAGAGUGAUAGCUUCCUACUUAAGAGUGGACAAAGGCACAGAGACUGGCGACAUGGCCACGAUGCAUGCUUUUCUGAGGCGCAACCACGACGACACUACAAAUGCUUGCGACACUGUUCUUUAUGGACCAUCUACGUCCAAUCAGAUUGAAAGGUGGUGGAAGGAAGUACAUGAGAGACUUGAGAAAUACUUCAAAGCACAACUCUCUCAACUGAAGGGUGAAAAUCUUUACGAUCCACACAGUGAAAAGGACAGAAUGAUACUGGCAUUUAUACUCAUUCCAUUGCUACAAAAAGAGCUAAAUACUUUUAAAGAUAGUAUCUGGAACACACACAGAAUCCGCCAACAGAAAGAUACUGAGCUACCAAGUGGUGUCCCUAAUCAUAUAUAUUCAUUUCCAGAGGAAUAUAGUUUAGAGGAGUGUGGUUGGGCUGUUUCUGAAGAUGAGUUGGAGAAGGCAGCUAGCUAUUCCGGUGUCUUGGCAUAUGGUGCAGACUUUUUAGAGGCACCAAUCAGAGAAGAGUGUGAACGUUUAGUCCCUAAUAUUGACGAUAUUCAUUCAGAUGAUUGGACAGAUGCUUAUUUAUAUGUCCGAGAACAUUAUUCCCUUUGAUCAUGGGUUGUUCUGAAAUCGGGCAACCCCCAGAAAGUUAUAACUAUCAAUAUGUGCUUUGCCUUUUUGUCUUGUAAUUUGCGGUCAUCAGAUAUUUUUUUGGUUUGGGAUCAUAGCCCAAUUCAUGGCUUACAGAUAUAUUAUAUAGUUAUAUCAAAUAGGGAAUUGUCUGUGACAGUAAUUUUUAGAUGGUAAUGACCACACAGCAAGGCAGAAAAAUAUUUACUGUUUAUAUAAUAUGUUUAUCCGAAUAUACAAUACACAGUGCAUGA